AUGAGGCUUCGUGGCAACCGUGGCCUUGGUGAUAAGUAUGAUCGGUCUACAUUCCAAGGCCCGCAUUACAAGUAUCUGACAGCAUUCCUGAAGAUCAAGCGACCAGCCAAUAACUGGUCAGCCCAUGCACUUUCAUUCACCUCCGAUACUUCUAAUUCCGGCGCGUACCGUACAUCAACCCCUGACUCCGGCCCAGACUUUGAGAUCGUGCACAUCUGUAUAAUUAUAGCUGCGUCCAGAGGAGGGAUGAAGAAGUUGCAGCGAGUCAUGCAGCAGCGCCAGAGACAUGGGUCAGCAAGCGCCGGGGGCAAAUGGAACAAAUAUGAAGAACCUAAUCAAAAGCGCUUCGGGCUGAAGAGAAAAGAUAAUUAUAUCAUGAUCGGUUGA